CCUUCCCUAGACCUCGUCCAUUGGCCCCUCGAAGGAUCGCUCGGUUCGUCUGCCCUGUGGUCCUUGUGGACAAUGUGUAUGUAUUUUUCAGCCGUGCACCCUCUGUCCUGCAGCGCCGGCUCCGCAUUAAACCUCCGUGUUGGGUUGGUGCUCUGUCUUUGUGUGUCUUCCUGUGGUGUCCUCUUCGCUGUUCUUGCGAUUGAGCCUGUCUUCUCAGGUGUGUUCUGGUUCGCGCUUCUGUUGGUGCUGUUCGUCUCGGCGCUGGCAGGUUGGUUCUCAUGGACGAGGCAGGGUCAUCUCGGUCGCGUAGCAAGGAGCGACGUCGCGCUCGCGUUUCCGCGAGACUUGCUUUGUUUGACUCGGCCUUUCCUGCUGGGGGCACCCCUGCUGGGCUUUCAGGUGUCAUUCCUGAUCGGGCAGAUGAGAAGUUUUUCCCUGUUGUGGACCGUGGUUACGGCCGGGGGAGGCGCCGCGAACGGUCUGAAAAGAGGCUGAUGCUUUCGUGGGCUCGAAGAGGCAACUACCAGUUCCGCGUCACGGAGCUUAUUUUCUCCGCAGUAUAUGGAGUUUCUGAAAGAUUAUUCGGAUUGCGAUUGCGAAGAGUGCCGGUGAGUUGACGACCGCAACAACUUCUCUGAUCCAGCAAGAUGGCUGCCCGAAACACCCGUCGUACCACUGGCAAUGCUGGAGGCAGCAACAAUGACAACAACAACGGGGGAUUUCCCGGAUUUGCUGAGUUCAUCCAAGCUCAAACCCAAUUGGUCAAUCUGAUGACUCAGACUCUGCAGAACAACCGACAGAACAAUCCACCCCCACCACCACCACCCUCGGACAGGCUUACUCGAUUCCUUAGACUACACCCACCUACCUUUGCAAACUCAGCUGAACCAAUUGAAGCCGAUGAUUGGCUUAGAGUCAUUGAGAAGAAGUUAGCCACCAUCCAAUGCACCGAGCAAGAGAAGGUUCUGUAUGCAAGCCACCAACUGGAAGGCGCAGCUGCCGCAUGGUGGGACAACUUCAAGUUUGGUUUUGAUGGAGAGGUCAUCACUUGGGACGACUUCGUCCGUGGAUUCCGAACCGCCCACAUUCCAACUGGAAGUAUGGGACUGAUGAAGAAGGAAUUCCGCUCUCUUCGCCAAGGCUCCAAAUCUGUGAAGGAGUAUUUGGACCGUUUCACUAGCUUGGCUAGGUAUGCCCCAGGAGAUGUGGCUGAUGAUGAUGAUCGACAGGAGAGGUUUCUCGAAGGACUGAAUGAUGAGCUUAGUGUGCAGUUGGUGUCCAUUAACUUUGCUACAUUUCAGCAUUUGGUUUACAAGGCCAUACGCCUUGAGGGAAAGCAGAAGGAGAUUGAAAAUAGGAAGAGGAGGGCAAGUAACCACAAAAUUGAUUCUAGGCCCCAUGUCAAGUCUCGCCACUUUUCACCUCCUAGACACCACCACUCUGGAUCAUCCUCUGGAAGAUUCCAUGGCAUGAGUCAUCGGCAGCACAGGCACCAGAGUCACCGCAAUCACCAAGAUCACAAGGAGAACCGGCACCAUGGUAGUGGACACCGUUACCACCACAGCGACUCUGCUCCUGAGAAGAGGGACAUGAGUCAGGUGAAAUGCUUCAACUGCGGCAAGAUGGGCCACUACAAGAGUACUUGCACGGAGAAGCCGCGUGAGGACAAGAACCAGGGAGGCAACAAGCCCAAUCCGUUUGUGAAGGCCAAGCUCAACCAUGUGUCUGCUGAGGAGGCAUAUGAGUCGCCGGACGUCGUUGUUGGUACGUUCUUGGUCAAUUCCAACCCUGCAGUUAUCUUAUUUGAUACCGGAGCAUCGCAUUCUUUCAUUUCUCAAUCAUGGGUGCAAAAGCAUGGGUUAGCCACCAAAGCACUUCGUAGAUACUUAGUUGUGACUUCCCCUGGAAAAGAAUUCCGAGCAGACAGAUUUUGUCAUGGAGUUCAAAUAAGGAUUGGAAAGGAAAUUUUUCCGUCAGACCUUAUCCUUUUGGAGACCCAAAGUUUAGAUGUGAUAUUAGGCAUGGACUGGCUAUCAAGCCAAAAGGGCCACAUUGACUGUGCCAAUUUAGCGGUUGUGUUGACCAGCCCUAAAGGCAAAAGAAUUAGGUUUACCACCAAAGCCAGACCUAGAAAGGCCAUAGUGAAUUCCCUUAAGGGGGAUAGCUCUGAGGAGAUACCCAUAGUUUGUGAGUAUCCAGAUGUGUUUCCCGAGGAUUUGCCGGGCAUGCCACUAGAUAGAGAAGUGGAGUUUUUGAUUGACUUGGUCCCAGGGACAACACCUAUAGCCAAGAGACCCUAUAGGAUGGCAGCAAAUGAGUUGGCAGAACUCAAGAAGCAGUUGCAAGAGUUGCAAGAGAAAGGAUACAUCCGACCGAGUUCAUCACCAUGGGGAGCACCAGUUAUAUUUGUCCAGAAGAAAGAUGGAACACAAAGGAUGUGUGUUGACUAUCGUUCCCUCAACGAGGUCACCAUCAAGAACAAAUACCCUUUGCCAAGGAUCGAUGAUUUGUUCGAUCAAUUGGAAGGAGCCACAGUGUUUUCAAAGAUAGAUCUGCGAUCAGGUUAUCAUCAGUUGAAGAUCCGAACCCAGGAUAUACCCAAGACGGCAUUUUCCACCAGAUAUGGAUUGUAUGAGUAUACAGUUAUGUCAUUUGGUUUGACCAAUGCCCCGGCCUAUUUCAUGAACAUGAUGAACAAGGUGUUCAUGGAGUUCUUGGACAAGUUUGUCGUUGUCUUCAUUGAUGACAUUCUUAUCUUUUCCAAAUCCCGAAGUGAACAUGAGGUUCAUUUACGGAAAGUAUUGGAGAAACUUAGGAAGCACCAACUGUAUGCCAAGUUGAGCAAGUGUGAGUUUUGGUUGGAAGAAGUAGCAUUUUUGGGACACAUCGUGUCAGAAAAAGGAGUAGCUAUAGACGCAUCUAAGGUAACAGCUGUAACCGAAUGGAAUUCUCCCAAGACAGUGAAGGAGAUCAGGAGUUUCUUAGGACUUGCGGGUUAUUACCGUAGGUUUAUUGAGAAUUUUUCAAAGAUAGCUAGACCUAUGACCAACCUCUUGAAGAAAGAAAAGAAGUUCAGUUGGACCCCGGAAUGUGAAGCAGCAUUUCAGGAAUUAAAGAAGAAGCUUGUGUCAGCCCCUGUUCUGAUUUUGCCAGACAUACACAAGAACUUUCAGGUCUAUUGUGAUGCCUCUCGCCAUGGCUUGGGUUGUGUAUUGAUGCAAGAAGGCAAAGUAGUUGCUUACGCAUCACGACAACUCAAACCUCAUGAGAUGAAUUACCCCACCCAUGACAUGGAGUUAGCAGCUGUGGUCCAUGCACUGAAGAUAUGGAGGCACUAUCUUAUUGGAAAUCAUUGUGAUAUCUUCACGGACCACAAGAGUUUGAAGUACAUUUUCACUCAGAAUGAGUUGAACCUCAGACAAAGGAGAUGGUUAGAACUAAUCAAGGAUUAUACCCUAAACAUACAGUAUCACCCUGGAAAGGCUAAUGUAGUGGCUGACGCCUUGAGCCGCAAGAGUCAUUGCAAUUCCAUCACAGUGAAAGUGAUAUCACCCAAGCUCUGUGAGCAGUUCAGGAGCCUAAGUAUUGAGGUAGUACCUAAAGGAUUUCUUGCAGCAUUGGAAGUAAAACCCAUUCUAUUGGAUCAGAUAAGAGAAGCCCAAAAGAAGUAUGACAAUAUUGGAAAGGUCAAACAAAGUAUGAGCGAAGGAAGAUCAUUGGAGUUCUCAGAAGAUGAGCAUGGAACCAUUUGGUUUGAAAAGCGUAUUUGUGUACCCCAGGAUCUUGAGAUUAAGAAGCUGAUACUUCAGGAAGCCCAUGAGUCACCAUACUCUAUACACCCUGGAAAUACCAAGAUGUAUCUGGAUUUGAAGGAGAAGUUUUGGUGGCCGAGUAUGAAGCGAGAAAUUGUUGAGUAUAUCGCGAAGUGCGCUGUAUGCCAGAGAGUUAAGGCACAGCACCAGAAGCCAGCAGGUUUGCUGCAACCCCUUCCUAUACCAGAGUGGAAGUGGGAUAGUAUUGGGAUGGACUUCAUCACUGGACUACCAAGGACCCGUUCCGGGUAUGAUUCCAUUUGGGUAGUAGUGGACCGACUGUCCAAAGUCGCACACUUUAUCCCAGUCAAGACAAGCUAUAGUAGUGCCCAAUUAGCAAAGUUGUAUAUGUCUAGAAUCGUGUGUUUGCACGGAGUACCCAAGGAAAUAAUAUCGGAUCGUGGCACUCAAUUCACAUCCAAAUUUUGGGGUCAGUUACAUGAAGCCCUGGGAACCAGGUUAGAAUUCAGCACAGCUUUUCAUCCUCAGACAGAUGGUCAGACUGAAAGAGUGAACCUGAUUUUGGAAGAUAUGCGCAGAGCCUGCGCUUUGGAUUAUGGAUCGAGUUGGGAUGAUAAUCUACCAUACGCGGAGUUUUCUUACAACAACAGUUACCAAGCUAGUUCGAAGAUGUCCCCGUUUGAGGCCCUUUACGGAAAGAAGUGUAGGACGCCACUCAUGUGGGAUGAGGUAGGUGAGAGACAGUUGUUUGGGCCAGACCUAAUCAAGGAUGCUGAGGAAAAGGUCAAGUUGAUCAAGGACAGACUGAAGGUAGCCCAAUCGAGACAAAAAAGUUAUGCAGAUCCUAAACGUAAGGCAGUCACAUAUGAAACAGGAGACCGAGCAUAUUUGAGAGUUUCGCCUCUUAGAGGAGUGAAAAGGUUUGGAAUCAAGGGAAAGUUAGCACCUCGUUUUGUUGGACCUUUUAAGAUUAUGGGAAGACGAGGAGAAGUAUCAUAUCAGUUGGAAUUACCUGAAGCAUUGUCUAGUGUGCACAACGUUUUCCACGUAUCACAGUUGAAGAAGUGUUAUGCAGAGGAAUCAGAGGUACCACUCAAGGAUACAGUACCUUUGGAAGCAAUACAGCUGAAGGAAGAUCUGACUUAUGAGGAGAAACUAGAAAAGAUUCUUGAGACUACUGAACGAAUCACCAGAUCAAAGACUACCAGGUUUUGUAAGGUUCAGUGGAGUCAUCACAGUGAGGAGGAAGCAACCUGGGAACGAGAAGAGGAUCUGAAGAAGGACUACCCGCACCUUUUUACCAGCCAAUCCGAAUCUCGGGGUCGAGAUUCACCUUAAGGGGGGUCGGUUUGUAACAUCCCAAAUUUUUCAAAUUCGGAUGUUCGCACCUUUACAUUUCUUA